AUGCACCGUCGCCUUGACGAGUUCGACUCUAAAAUCCAUCGCGUCACCAGCUCAGCCCCUGAGUUGACAAAAGCACUUGCCGACACCCGAAGGAGCCCACUCACAGCAAGGAUUCGCCGAAUCCAACUCCACAAUAGAGUACGACUUAAGAUCGAGCCCUUCGCUGGCGACAAAGACCCGAAGAAGUGGUUGACGGCAUUCAACCUCGCCAUGACGAGAGAGAAAUAUGACUCUCUCGACGAGAGGGAUGCAAACUAUUGCCAAGUCUUCGUCGAGCAUAUGACGAAGGAAGCCCUUGUCUGGUUUUCAAACCUCUCUGUCGAGACGAUCGAUAACUUUGACGAUCUGACCAAUGCUUUUCUGAAGCACUACUCCAUGAACAUGACUAGGAUCACCCGAAACAUGUUCACUAUGACUCAAUCAAAAGGCGAGCCCCUAAGAGAAUUCAUCGGAAGAUUCAAGAAUGAAACACUUGAUCUCGACGACAUGCCAGAUAUUGUCCCGCUCGAAGCACUUCGUAACGGUCUCUCGUACAACUCAAAGUUCAAGGAAGACCUAUCGCUGAGACCAUCGACGACCUUGGAAGACGCGCUCCACCGAUCCCAAAAUUACAUUUUCCUUAAGGAGGAUAAAGACUUCUAUGCCGAGAAGCACGGCGUGAAGAGAUCUUUCCCUUUCACAGAGAUGACAGCCCCGAGAAUCAUUGGGACGUGA